UUUUUCUUUCGAGAUAGAUAUACAGAUACGCAAUAUGGUCAGAAGCAAGAAAACAAAGGGAAACGCAAGCGAAAAGAAGUCAACUCCCACUUUUACUGUGCCAAAACCUAAAAAAAUGGCAGAAAGUGAAGAACCUGUCAAAAAUGAAGAGAAAUACAUGCGUAUCAAACCUUCCAAAGACACUAAAAAAAUUGCAGAUAUCAAAUUAAGAGCCAAAAUAACACAUCAAGAAAAGAACAGUCGUGAUGCUGCUCGCGCAGCUGCUAGAGCUGAAAUGCUUUUGCAAGAAGAAGCUGGUUAUUUAGAAGCUGAAGGUCUUGAAAAAACAUUCAAGUUUAGACAAGACCAACUUGUUUCCAGUUUUGAUGUCAACACAGCUAGCAAGAUCUUCUCUCUUGAUUUACCAGAGUUUGGACCUUAUUCUGUAGAUUAUACCCGUAACGGUCGUCAUUUGUUGAUUGGUGGUCACAAAGGUCAUAUUGCAGCAUUUGAUUGGCAAACAGGCGGGCUUCAUUUCGAGACACAUGUGAAUGAAACAGUGCGCGAUGUCAAAUGGCUUCAUAAUGAAACCAUGUUAGCAGUAGCUCAAAAGAAAUAUGUCUAUAUUUACGAUAAAACAGGGCUUGAAAUUCAUCAGCUCAAGAACCACACCUAUGUCGAUCAACUUCAAUUCCUUCCUUAUCACUAUUUAUUAGCCACUAUUGGCAGCAAUGGCUAUCUUAAAUACCAAGAUACAUCCACAGGUGAACUUGUGGCUGAAAGACGCACUAAACUAGGUCCAUGCAACACCAUGACACAAAACAGAUACAAUGCAGUAAUUCAUUUGGGUCAUCAGAACGGUACAGUGACACUUUGGUCACCCUCUAUGCCCUCACCACUUGUCAAAAUGCAAUGUCAUCGUGGUCCUGUACAAGCAAUUGCAGUUGAUAAAGGCGGGCACUAUAUGGCUACAUCAGGUACAGAUGGUCAACUUAAGAUUUGGGAUAUCAGAAACUAUGGCUGUCUUCAAGAAUACUAUACACCUCGGACUGCCACUUCAUUAGAUAUAUCAGACACAGGCUUGUUGAGUGUAGGCAUGCAUACACAUGUUCAAGUAUGGAAAGAUGCAUUCAGAAAGAAACAAGAAUCACCCUACAUGUCACAUUUAGAAGCUGGAUCACCUAUUCAAAACCUGAGAUUUGUGCCUUAUGAAGAUGUGUUGGGUAUUGGGCAUCAAAAGGGUAUCUCUAGUAUCAUUGUGCCUGGUGCAGGUGAAGCCAACUUUGAUUCCUUGGAAGCCAAUCCCUUCCAGACCAAGAGACAGAGACAAGAAACUGAAGUGCAUACUUUGUUGGAUAAACUUCAACCUGAUAUGAUUGUAUUGGAUCCUACACAGAUCGGUAAGGUGAACAAGCUGACAAAGGCCGAUAUCUUGAAGAGACGUCAAAUGGAACAAGAAGAAGCAGAAGCAGCCAAGCCUGGUGCACCAGAAAAAGAAAAGAAGAGAAUGAGAGGCAGAAACUCUGCGCUAAAGAGACAUUUGCGUAAGAAGGCAAAGAAUGUUGUUGAUCACAAAAUGGUAAGGAUUAUUUAUUAAGAUUAUUAUAUUGCUGUACUCUAACUAUUAUCUUAGGCUGAUCUUCAAGAAAGACUUGCAACAGAAACAGCCAACAAAGUCAAAGAACAAAAUAGAGAUAAACCAUUUACUACACUUGACAUUUUCCAAUAAAUUACAUAAGAAUGCA